UGCUCCUAAUAGCACUGCAGUUAAAAACAGCUGAUUCAAAUUUAUAUUUAUUGCGACUCGCACGUGUUUAAAAAGACUCGCUUUUGUUUAUAGUGCAUUUCAUUGAAACAUUGUAUUGCAAUAAUGGCACUGCUAAGCGCUAAGCGGGCCAAGAAGAUGCCGCCAACGGACAAGCAGACGGAUAGUUCCGAUGACCACCAAAGCAAUGAUGCGAGCGACAACGAAGGAGGCAACUCCGGCUGGGCCAACUCCAUGCUGAAGGUGCUCCAAACAACGAAGCCAACGACACAAAAUAAGACAAUGCUCUCGCGGGCUAAAAAACUCAACAGCACCAGCAGCAAAUCCAAACAGAAGGACUAUGACUUUGAGAUUACUGGCAGUGACGUAAAAAAGCCCAAAGAGGAGCAAGAACAGGAGGAGGAGAAGGAUGUUAAGCCCGAGGCAGGCUCUGCGCUCGAUGCACAAUUGACGCGACAACAGCGCAAGAAUGUGCCGCUGCAGUUGCGUGUGAAGCCCAGUUACCGGGACAUGGAGCGCGAGCGUAAUCUACGCAAGGUUGCCACACGCGGCACGGUGCAGUUCUUCAAUGCGGUGCGCAUCCAACAAAAGGAUCUGCAGAAGCAGCUGAAUGACGCUGGACCGCUAGACAGUCGCCAGGAUGCGGUGCUCAACAACAUUGAUAAGCGAAAAUUUUUGGAUGUGCUGAUGAGCGGCAAACGUGCCAAAUCCUCAGCGAUAGACAAUCGCGUCAAGAAGGAGGAGUCCGAAACGGACUCCGACUCUGACGAGGACGACGAGGAUGGGCCCAGCGACGAUGAGCAGCCAGCUCAUGCUGCCAAUAAAAAGAAAAAGUCCGAAUGGAAUGUGCUGCGCGAAGAUUUCAUGACCAACAAGAAGAUCAAGCACUGGGACGAAGAGGAUGAGGAUGAGGAGCAGGCACAGCAGCAAGAGGAGCAGCAGCAAGGCAGUAGCGAAGACAGCGACGAUGAUUAGCAUUUAAGUUAUUGUAGUUUUUAAUAAAAUUCAUAGUCCUCUCAA